CUCACUGCGAUCAGACACGCGCGUUCCUUGGAAGUGGCGGCGCGGCGACGCGGCGUACAGUCCGCGCGCUUACACUUUCCCUGCCAUGAUCUUCCCCACGUGGUGAUCUCUUGGGUCGGACGGCGUCGAUCUUAUUACUGUACAUGCCAGCGAUGCACCUGUUUCUUUUCUUGCCUGCCCCUCCUUCAUCUGGAAAACAGCAUCCUCCCUUGAAGCUGUUCCUCCUUCACAUCUCGUUUCAAGCACCCUGAGUGGCUUACAGCGUCAAACGUCGCCAUGUCGUCGGAACCAGAUCUCCACCAUGCUAUCUCGAUGAAACCACAUCCUUUCCACAAACACCCCGAUCGCGUGGAACGUACAGCAAGCCCCCACUUUCACGCCGCCCCCAGUUCGGCACAAGCCAACGUAUCUGAAAGUGCUCUUCACAAGUUUAAUGGCAACAGCACAGCCGUCGAAACCGCGUCCACCCACGAGCAUGACCCAGUCGCACGUCCCAGCCAUGUGCUGAGCCGUGCUGACAGCUCCAGCGACGUCGAAUCGCAGUCGCUUCCUCAAUACACGCCCGACAACGAUCCAUAUCAACUCGCCUCGGCGAUCAAGCCUGAGAAUGAGCUCGCCCAAAUCCGAGCGAACAGCUCGCGCAAGCGCGACGGUUGUGGUCCUAUAAGCUUGAACCUGAAGGCUCGCAAUGCCAAAAAGUUGGAGGAGUUCUACGAGGCGCAGAACGAGAAUAUUGAACGGCUCCUUAAGCCUGUUGACGACCAUCGACGUGCCGCAAAGGAGGAGGGCGACGCGAACCACCUCAAGUACAAGAUUGCUGUCAUCGGAUCGUUCGUGGCCAACGUCAUCCUCGCGGUGUUGCAGCUCUACGCAGCUAUCAGCUCCAAGUCGCUUUCGCUCUUCACGACUAUGGCCGACUCGCUCUUCGACCCGCUGUCCAACUUGACGCUGAUCAUGUGCGCCCGCGCCGUGUCGCGCGUCGACGCGCGCAAAUUUCCUUCGGGGAAAGCACGCAUCGAGACCGCCGGCAACCUCUCUUUCUGCGCGCUCAUGAUCACCGUUUCCGUUGUUAUUAUUGUUGAGGCUAUUCGCACCAUUGCCGAGCACACCGGCGGUGACACAAACGACUUCUUCUUGCCCUCUGUGAUCGCGGUUGCGAUCGCUUUCGCGACAAAAUUUAGUCUGUUCUUGUACUGCUGGGCAAUCCGCAACAAAUACAGUCAGGUUCGUAUCUUGUGGGAAGACCACAGGAACGAUUUGUUCAUCAACGGCUUUGGUAUCUUGACCAGCGUGGGCGGCGCGAAGCUGAAGUGGUGGAUUGACCCCAUGGGUGCUAUGCUUCUCUCUGUUCUGAUUAUCUUCCUGUGGAGUCGGACGGCGUACAGCGAGUUCCAGCUCUUGAUUGGUGUCACGGCAGACACGAACAUGCUCCAGCACAUCACCUACAUCUCCAUGACACACUCUCCUGCAAUCCGCCAGAUUGACACUGUGCGCGCCUACCACUCUGGCCCUCGCCUCAUUGUCGAAGUCGACGUGGUUAUGGAUCCUGAGAGCUCGCUGCGCGCAACACACGAUAUUGCCGAGGAACUACAGAUUAAGCUUGAGAGCCUGCCUGAUGUUGAGAGGGCGUACGUACAUGUGGACUACGAGACCGAUCAUAGACCAGAGCACUUUUUGAAGAAAGAACUGUAGACAGUGGCAUGGAAAAACGUGCCGAGAAGAGAGCAAGACUAAGUUACGGUUGCAGAACACAUGUUGGUGUCUGUUGCUGUAAGCAUUGUAUUGUAGUGAGUAGAUACCAAAGUUCGACAUUUUUAAUAAAGCUGGCAACAAACACGCGUCCGAUAGGGCAAACCGAGCUGAGCUCCGUUAGAGCCUUCAUGAGCCGCUUGCCCAUCUUUCUGUCAUUAACCAUUUGUUUGCGGCAAUCGAGUUCCUAAGGCGCAUACAAUGCAAAACUUCUUCACUCUCACAGUCUCUCGUAUUUGCACUCAUCCUCCCCUUCCUCUCCCACGCUCAGAACGCUCAACCGGACCAGGGCUCUCGCUGCCUCUUCAUCACUCAGUUCGAUACCCUCGUCCUCGAAAAGUGUCAGUUUCUCUCGGACCAGUCGAAGCUUCUCAGCACAGAUCUCUGGCGUAUUGUGGAUGGCGUUGAAUUUGGGAUUUGUGUAUUGCAUAC